AUGCCUGCCUCUGCCAACAUCCCUGCCAUUGCGCAGGCCUAUGUCAGCGAGCGUGCCAAAAAGACCCUCGACCUGGUCGAGGAAUUCGUCGAAAAGGAAUGCCUCCCAGCCGACCCCCUCUACGAAGAGCAAAUCGGCCACGGCGAACAGCGCUGGAACGCGCACCCGGCUGUGAUUGAAGAGCUCAAGACCAAAGCGCGCAAGCUGGGGCUGUGGAAUAUGUUUUUGCCCAAGAGCCAUUUCAGCCAGGGCGCUGGGUUUAGUAAUGUUGAAUAUGGGUUGAUGGCCGAGUAUUUGGGGAAGAGCCGGGUUGCUUCGGAGGCAACAAACAACGCCGCCCCCGACACUGGGAACAUGGAAGUACUCGCCAAAUACGGCAGCGAGGCACAAAAGAAAGAGUGGCUGACGCCUUUGCUUGAAGGCCAAAUCCGCUCCGCCUUUCUGAUGACCGAACCCGAAGUCGCCUCGAGCGAUGCCACCAACAUUGAACUCAGCAUCCGGCGCGAGGGCAACGAAUAUGUCUUGAAUGGACAAAAAUGGUGGUCCUCUGGCGCCGGCGACCCACGCUGCAAGCUGUACAUCGUCAUGGGCAAGACCGAUUCGUCCCACAAGGACCCAUACCAGCAGCAAUCCGUGGUACUUGUACCAGCGGGGCUACCUGGCAUCACAAUCCAUCGCAUGCUCACCGUAUACGGCUUUGACGAUGCGCCGCACGGCCACGGCCACAUCAGCUUCAACAACGUGCGUGUCCCCGUCAGCAACCUUGUUCUCGGCGAGGGACGCGGAUUCGAAAUCAUCCAGGGCCGCCUGGGCCCCGGACGCAUCCACCACGCCAUGCGCACCAUCGGCGCCGCCGAGCGCGCCGUCGAAUGGCUGAUUGCACGCAUCAACGACGAACGCAAAAAGACCUUUGGCAAGCCUCUUUCCGCGCACGGCGUGAUUCUCGAAUGGCUCGCGCGCUCACGCAUCGAAAUCGACGCCGCGCGCCUGAUUGUGUUGAAUGCCGCGCUCAAGAUCGACCAGGGCGAUGCACGCUCUGCGCUCAAGGAAAUCGCGCAGGCAAAAGUGCUUGCCCCUUCAGCCGCGCUUGCCGUUAUUGAUCGUGCCGUGCAAGCCUAUGGUGCCCAGGGUAUCUGUCAGGAUACGCCGCUGGCCAAUAUGUGGGCGCAGAUCCGGACGUUGCGGAUUGCGGAUGGCCCCGAUGAGGUGCAUCUUCAGCAGCUGGCCAAGCGUGAGAACAAGUCCCGUAAAGAUGAGGUGAUUGCCAAGUUGCACUGGCAGAGGGAGCGGGCGAACUCGCUGUUGUCGGCGAAUGGGUUCCAGCCAAAGGCGAAGAUGUAA